GGGGCGCAGAUCUGUUUGCCUCAGACACCUUCCACCCUGGGCCGCCAAGGGAGCGCAAGGUCACGUUAGCCUUAGGCUCCGCCUCCAGCUCAGGUACUAGACGGUCUAGACCCGAGGCUACCCGGGCCGGAGGCAGGCUUGAGUACCGAGACCAAACGUUGUUCCCUCCCGGACCUCGGGCGCCGGGUCGCGCGCUGACCGACAGCCCCCGCUAGGCCCAGCAGGUCCCCUGGUCCCCCGCAGUGUCCCGCAGUCCCCCGAGACUCGCCGAGCGCCGUUGCUGAGCCCUGCGAAUAGCAGCUACCUGCUUCAGCCUAGAUCCUGCCGUGAAGUGGGCUGCUGCUCCCUGGCUCCCACUCUGUUCUACUUUUCACUCUUACCUUGUCUCCCAAUGAAUAAGGGGUGGCUGGCAGAGGAUCCUCACACUGACAAGGAAGGGUGGCCACUGCAACGGGUGUGGAUGUGCCGGACAAGAUGAAGAGCCGAAUCCCUGUGGUUCUCCUGGCCUGUGGCUCCUUUAACCCCAUCACCAACAUGCACCUGCGCUUGUUUGAGGUGGCCAGAGAUCACCUACACCAAACAGGAAUGUACCAGGUCAUCCAGGGUAUCAUCUCUCCUGUCAACGACAACUAUGGGAAGAAAGACCUCGCAGCUUCUCAUCACCGAGUGGCAAUGGCCCGGCUGGCCCUGCAGACAUCCGACUGGAUCCGGGUGGACCCCUGGGAGAGUGAGCAGACACAGUGGAUGGAGACAGUGAAGGUGCUGAGGCAUCAUCACAGCGAACUGCUCAGAUCUCCACCCCAGAUGGAAGGCCCAGACCAUGGCAAAGCACUCUCCCCAACCCCUGCAGCUGUGCCUGAGCUGAAGCUUCUCUGCGGGGCAGACAUCUUGAAGACCUUCCAGACCCCCAACCUCUGGAAGGAUGCGCACAUCCAGGAAAUAGUGGAGAAGUUUGGCUUGGUGUGCGUGGGCCGGGCAGGUCACGACCCAAAAGGGUACAUCUCAGAAUCUCCCAUCCUACGGAUGCACCAGCACAACAUUCACCUGGCCAAGGAGCCCGUGCAGAAUGAGAUCAGUGCCACGUACAUCAGGCGAGCUUUGGGCCAAGGGCAGAGCGUAAAGUACCUGAUCCCCGAUGCUGUCAUCACCUACAUCAAGGACCAUGGCCUCUACACCAAGGACAGUGCCUGGAAAGGCAAAAGCACCCAGAGCGCUGAGGGCAAGACAAGCUAGGGAGGGGGCACUCGACCCACACCUCCUCCAGCAAGCUCCUGCUGAGGAUAGGGCUGGUUAAGGUUUCUGUUUUACUUUGGUUUUUGCUUCUCCAUUUUUCAUUUGCUUUAUUUCUACAAUGUUUCUACUUC